AUGGAUACUGAGUUAGCCGUCCUCGUUAACACAAAAUUUCCAACUAUUCAAGAAGUUUUAACAAGCAAGCUGAAUCAAGCCACACAGGCUAUGCAGGAAGGCAAAAGAUUCUGUCUGAAGCUGAAAUUUGGAGAAGCUGUGAUGCAGUGGUAUGCUCAACAGGUGGAUCCGCAUAUGGGCUUGAAAAGAACCGAUUUUGGAAGCAUGACUUUCUACAUCCACAACUGCAGCUCGCCCAUUAACUGUUGCCUUAACCCACUUGUCAUCGUUUUCUGUUUUCCAUUAUGGCUCUUCGGGGGUUCCUGCUACUGUAUUCAAAGAAAAAUGGAUUGCAUGGAUGUAUCUCAUUGUUUUCGAGAUAUUCCUGUUAAUUCGCUAACCCAAGACAUCAAGGCUUGCUCCCACCUAAAGAAUUCCUUCUCAAUAUAGCCAGAUGAACCAGACAUAUUUUCAUUUUUUAAAGAAUAAAAAAUGUAAUUAAUAGUAAUGUUUUUUUGUUUUUUUUUUUACAAACUUUUAUAAUUAAAUGUGUACCAGGUAGUUCUCUUACAUACACUUCAUAAUUUUAUUACUUCGAUUUUUGUCAUAAAGCAUCUGUACAAUACUAUCAUUGUCUUUAAAAAUAAAUACAGGAAACAAAAA